AGCUGCAGUGCAGCCCGAAGCGAGAUGGGGGCUGCGGAGUCUGAAGUGGAGGCUGCAGCCCGAGAGGCCCUGUCCAAGGUAGCAGACAUCCUGGAGCCUGUAGGUCUUCAGGAGGAGGCUGAACUGCCUGCCCAGAUCCUGGCUGAGUUUGUGAUGGACUCUCGGAAGAAAGACAAGCUCCUCUGCAGCCAGCUUCAAGUAGUAGACUUCCUGCAGAAUUUCUUGGUUCAGGAAGGAACUGCCCAGGACCAGAACCCCUUGGCUUCUGAAGACACAAGCCGGCAGAAGGCAAUUGAAGCCAAAGAGCAAUGGAAAGAGCUGAAGGCCACCUAUCAAGAGCAUGUGGAGGUCAUCACAGAUUCCCUGACGCAGGCACUGCCCAAGGUGGAGGAGGCCCAAAUAAAGCAGGCACAGCUCCAGGAGGCCCUUAAACAGCUCCAGGCCAAGAAGCAAAUGGCCAUGGAAAAACUCAGAAUAGCCCAGAAGCAGUGGCAGCUGCAACAGGAGAAGCAUUUGCAGAAUCUGGUGGAGGCUUCGUCAGAAGUGAGGGAGCGUCAGACAGGAGCUCAACAGGAACUUCAGCGACUAUAUCAGGAAGUCGGAACCCUGAAGCAGCAGGCAGAGCAGGAGCAGGACAAGCUGCAGAAGCACCAGACUUUCCUCCAGCUGCUAUACACCCUGCAGGGUAAGCAGCUGUUCAAUGAGGCAGAAGCAGAGAUACCACAGGAGCUGGAUCUUCCUAAGAAUAAGCCCCAGCAGGUGACCCAGCCCCAGGAACAGAACACUCAGGACACCAUGGGAAGAGAGGCUGACAACCCACAGUCUGUUGGAGAUGCAGGCUUACCAUGGCUUCCUGGCAGACAGCAACAUGCAGAAGAAUCCUAGAGCAGGCCCUGAUUUGCUAUGAACUGAAGCUGCAGAAGUGGACUUAACUGACCAGUCACGGGCCACUUGGUGCAUAAUGAGAAUGAACAAGUCAAUAGGAUGAUUGCAGCAUGUGUGACAACAGGGUAGCAAACUGAAACAGUAAUAAAGAGCAAUAGUGAAAAAGUAUAAAGACCACACCCCCCCCAACCCUCUCUAUAGUGGGCUGUGAUAUGUGAGUUAGUAUUUCUAUUUGUGCUGGUAUGUUUGUAUUUCUAUAUUUUUGUUUGUUGCUUUCAUCCUCCAUUCCUGUAUGUGUCAUUGAAUGUAUGAACAGUGGGAUCACUACUGUGUUUGAGGAAGUGAUUACAUCCCUGAUUUUCUAAAUAUGCAGCCUAUUCUGUGAUGUCCUAAUGUUAUAUUCCUGAUACAUUUUUUGUGUUCUACUGUUUUCUUUUCCUUGUACCAUACUUUCAGAUUGUCAUUCAUCUUCAAAUAUUUGAAUGCUGAAAGACUGGCUUUUGUGAUUCUCUGUUGCAUGUUUUGUUCU